GCUGUCAACAGCAGUUGUGUAAUCUAAUGUCAAACUUUUAGGCCUGAUAAAGACUACUGUCAAAUAUCAGUCAAAGAGCCGGUGACAAAGAUUAAUCUUUAAGCACCAUGUACACUCAGACCUUACAUGUGCAGCCUCUCAGAGGGACAAUUUGAUUGAAAGUUUCCCAUGUAGCAACAGCAAAGCCUUUCUGCAUGGGUUGAGACUCUAAGGCACUUAUCUAAUGACUCCAAGGACGCAGAGAGGGUUUUUACUUUCAUUUGGCUGGACACCUGACACUGUACGACUACAGUAUGAUAUAGAGCCUACGCACUGGGUAGGGCCGCUCAUGUCAUGUGUGUAGUGUAGAGACCAAGAUGUAUAAUGUGAAAUGCUGAGACGACAUUCAGGCUCAAGAUUCAUCUCAAUUGUAUAACACAGUCAGUGUAGUUAUUAUGCCAUACAGCCAAGCCCACCUGCCACUACAUGGAUGAGUCAAGGAGCACAAACAUGCUUAAUUAAACCGUCUGUGUAAAAGUGCUAGAGACAAUUAGAAAGGAUGAGACAAUCUAGUUUGGUUGACAUAUUUAAAGAUUUACAUAUUUGAGAUGAGUGGUAGGAUUACUAUUUUUAGCACUAACAGCUGGACUCUUUUGGGAAUGUAGUGUGAUAUUGUCAAAAGGCAAAAAGAGACUUUGGAAGUAUAAAAAUUUAACAUAACAUUUAGCUACAGUAUGUUGUCCUGAUACAGGUAUGUGUUUGACCCCUAAGGGGUGAUUUUAAAAUUGUGCGUGAGGUAAUCUGGCUAUAGAUCAGGAGAACUUCCACCUGAAAGAGUGUGAGUGAGGACGGAAUUAGUGUGAGUGUGUGGCAGACGGCAGGGCACCCGGGAUUUGGGAACGCACAUGAGUGAACUGUCAAGUCUUCAGGGCCCAAAUCAGGCAGGCAGACACAGAACGGAUGUGGCCAGGCGAUAAAAGCUGUCUGCACCCAGAGGGGCCUCAGUCCAGCUCCCAUGGGUAAAACUCCUUGACCCUGAGGCUCAACAUCCAGUGCAGUGGCCAGGGACUGGAUUAAAGCACAAGGCUCCCACCCAGCUCCCUGCCUAUGACUCACUAAAAUGCAGCUUAGCCAGUGAUCAAGCUGUGAGGGGCCUUGAUCACACACUGGGACUCCAGGUCUGCCCUUCUGCUCUGACCCUGCAGCUGGAGGCGCCGCUGGGAGCAUGAGUGUAGGAAGGAUCAACCGCUACAGCAUUGUGUCAUCUGAGGAAGAGGGCCUCCGCCUCACUACCAUGCAUGGCAUGAACGGCUUUGGCAAUGGCAAGAUCCACACACGUCGCAAGUGCCGCAAUCGUUUCGUCAAAAAGAAUGGCCAGUGCAAUGUGCAGUUUGCCAAUAUGGACGACAAGUCGCAGCGCUACAUGGCUGACAUGUUCACCACAUGUGUUGAUAUUCGCUGGCGAUGGAUGCUGGUAGUCUUCACUCUUGUGUUUGUUGUGUCCUGGCUGGUCUUCGGCUUAGCCUUUUGGGUCAUAGCUUUGCUGCAUGGAGAUCUGGAUAACCCAGCUGGAGAUGACAACUUCACUCCAUGUGUCCUACAGGUCAAUGGAUUUGUGGCUGCCUUUCUAUUCUCCAUUGAAACACAGUCUACCAUAGGUUACGGCUACCGCUGUGUGACUGAAGAGUGCCCAGUGGCUGUCUUCAUGGUGGUCUUCCAGUCCAUAGUGGGCUGCAUCAUUGACUGCUUUAUGAUUGGCGCCAUCAUGGCCAAGAUGGCAAGGCCUAAGAAGCGAGCACAAACACUGUUGUUUAGCCACAAUGCUGUCAUUGCCAUGCGGGACGGAAAGCUGUGCCUCAUGUGGAGGGUAGGGAACCUUCGCAAGAGCCACAUUGUAGAGGCCCAUGUCAGGGCACAGCUCAUCAAACCUCGGAUCACUGAUGAGGGGGAGUAUAUUCCUCUAGACCAGAUAGACAUUAAUGUGGGCUUUGAUAAAGGCCUGGACAGGAUUUUCUUGGUUUCACCCAUCACUAUUCUCCAUGAGAUAGAUGAGGAGAGCCCCCUUUUUGGGAUCAGCAAACAAGACUUGGAGACAGCAGACUUUGAGGUUGUCGUGAUUUUGGAGGGGAUGGUUGAAGCAACCGCCAUGACCACGCAGGCUCGCAGCUCCUACUUGGCCUCUGAGAUCCUUUGGGGUCACCGUUUUGAGCCAGUCUUGUUUGAGGAGAAGAACGUGUACAAGGUGGAUUACUCUCACUUUCACAAAACCUACGAGGUGCCGUCCACCCCCCGCUGCAGUGCCAAGGACAUGGUGGAGAACAAGUUCCUAGUCCCCAGCUCUAACUCCUUCUGCUAUGAAAAUGAGCUGGCCUUCCUAAGCCGCGAUGAUGAGGAGGAGGAUGUGGGUGGUGGGAGCAGGGCACUGGCAAACCUCAGUCCAGACCGGAACAGCCGACAUGAGUUUGAACGCUUACAGGCCACCAGGGCGCUGGAUCAAAGGUCAUAUCGUAGAGAGUCGGAAAUAUGACCUCUACUCAUUGACCCAGGGUCAACUUUCAAUAACUUUAUCCAAGGGUAAAAAUGCAGAACAAUGCAAAGUGCCAUAGGAAAUGCUGACUACUGUGAAAGAUUGGAAAAUUAAUAAGACAACAGUAAAACGGACUUAACUGGAAGAAAUGGGAGAAAGCAAGAGUACACAGCUUAGAAAAUUGUGGUAAGGAAUGUCUACAAUCAAGGAAAAGGCUACAGAAAGACCUUCUUCCUUAAUGGAAACUUGAAUCUUUUUUCACAUGGUCAUUUUGAGUUAAGAGUGUUCAAUGAUAGUGCAUCAAAAAACUAUUAUGACAGAACCUUCUAAUCAAAUCUUAGGUGUAAAUACAUUGCUUAGGUAAGUUAUGUUUUGUGUGCAGUAUCAGUUUCCAAAAACACCUCUAAAAAAUAGAAGUUGCUAUUUCAACUUGUUCUUGGGGACAAAUAAUAGCGUUACGAGGCUCCUCUUAAGCUCUCCUCGCAUUGCUGUAAUUUGCUGGACCUGCGUUCAGUGACACAUUGAAAAUUCGUGCACUGCAGCAUUCAGAUGCAGUGAGCCAUGCUAAAACAUCUGAUCGGGGGCCACUGAGAACAACAUAAUUCAAACACCUUCAUUUUAGUAUUGGUGUGAUCCCAAAAUCUACCAUAAUAUAGAAAGAGUAGGCAAAAUGAAUUGCACUAUGAAGAACAUAAAGGAAUAUGUUGAACAGAAAUGAAAUUGUAUAGAGAAACACUCUAUUUAUAAUCUCUUAAUGCCUCAUACUUUAACCUUAUCUUAAAAACAAACUAACAAGCUGAUUUGGCUGCACUGCCCUACACAUAUCAUGUGUAUGUCAUGUACUAACAUUGCUAAGUAGUCAGGUAAAACAAAACAAAAGCACAAAUGGUGGACAACCGACUUAAAAAUGUUGUAGUUUCACAAAAUUUCUUUUUUGCAAGAUACAUGUUGCAAUAUCGAGGUUUGUAUUUAUCAAACUAAUAACCCCACAAAGAAAUGCACCUUAAAGUGUACCUUUAUUUUCACAACUUGAAAUAUUAUCUAAUAAACUAAGUUAAACUAAAACCUGUAUGUUGGUAGUCAUUGACAAGUUUUCUUCCAUUCCAUAUGGAAAUUAAGACUGUAACAAACUGGCAUAAAUUGAUCACCUUUAAUGUAUUUUUGUCCUCUUUAAAAAUGAAUCUAUGCAUAUUGUUAACAUCAUCAGGGGACAGAAAUCCUAUUGAGUUCUGUGUGAUAUGAAAUUAUGUAGUGAUAUUGCUUUAAUCAAUACCUAAUGCUUAGAAAGACAGCCUGAAAUUUAAAAAAAAAAAAUGCAUAAACUCAAUUUCUAAGAGUAGCUGUUAUGUUUAUCAAAUCCAUUUGACAAGAGGUAAGUUAAAUUGUUAGUCAAAAUUUCACAUAUCUCUAAAACUUUUAAAAUGUACACAGGAAUAAUGCAUGAGAAUGAGAAUUAUCCCUGAUGUAUUUCUUUGGCCAGAGAGCAGUGCUAUGGUCAUCCUGAAUUUGAAAUGUAAGGUUUGGGUAUUUCUAACCACCCAACAAGCAUCCAUUCCAAAUGCUAAACGAACAAGCAUCAUAAGGGCAAAUGUGUCUACAAUAGUAAUGCUAAUAAGGUUAGAAUAGUCCAAACAUAUUAGCCAACUUACAGUAGCUGGCCCUACAUUUCUAUUCAUUUUACAUCAAGAGUGGGUAAAUUUAACUGCUCUUUAUAUUGUUACUAACAGAGUCAAUCUCUGUUUCAAACUUUACCCGGGUUAUAGACUAAUGGCAGGACAAAAUAUUAUUUAAUUAUUAUAUGACAAAUGUAUCCUUUGACAGGUAAAAUGAAUGUGUGCAAGACUAAAUUUGGCUAAAAACCUGUUAUCACAGUAAUUGCUGUCCAAACUGAUAUACAUGAGCAACAGUAAAACAAAGAGAAAAUAGCUUCCUCCUUUUUCACUCCUCAUAUUGAUUUCUCUGGCAUUUACAAACAUCACAUACUAUAUACUAAAUGCAUUUGAGCAAUAUGAUAAUACGAUGAGUUAACAAACUGGACCAUGGUGAAUGGAAGCAAUAAAUACUGAAGCUCACCUUUCUGAAUUCAUUCUAAUAAGCAUAUUCUUAAUGAUUCUCUUGUAAUAAACUGAACAUGCAUAUUUAUAAUUCUUGAUUCACAGAUAACAAGUGAAAGGCAUGGUGUGAUAUGAAUGACCCUACAUUUUUUUGUUUUUAUUGUACUUGUAUGUGUAUGAUUUCUCAGAUUUGAAACCAAAGUAAUAGUAGGUGAUUGUUCCCAAGGUAAUCUUCCAAAAACAGUUUAGACUGGUCUUGAAAAAUGGACAGCCAUAUUCCAAAAAGGUGUUUGAGUCUCCAGUUCGCAAUGGUCUCUUUACAAAUUUAAAUUAUUCCUACAAAUAUACCAUUAAUUAAAUCAAAUCAAUCAAAAGUUAAAACCAAAUCAAAAAAUUAAGUAAGUAGUUAUAGAUUCAAUCAUUUGCUAUCACUAUAUACAGUAGUUUAAGAGACAAAAUUAUGAUGCAUGACAACUUUUUUCCUUUGGCAUGGACAAUAGCAUUUAAAAAUGAUCCCUUAUUCUAGAUUCCUAGUCAGAAUUUAUCAUUCAAACCUCAACUGUUUAUGUUGUGUCACAAAAUACUUUUUUAUCAAGUCUAGAUUAUCUAUUACCUCACUAAAAUGUGAAUGUCAUGUCCCUGUGUAACAAUUUUAGUUAACUUUCACACAAAGAAGAAAACAUACAGGAUAUGGUGAAAAACCACAACAUGAAAGCAAAGAAGAGAACCAGAAAAUGGUUGUUAUUUUGGUCACAAUGACUAAUAUUUUCCUAAUAGUCAUUUAACUCUAGCAGUAUGCUUAACUCUAUGAUAUUUCUUGGUUAUAUGUUGAUUUUUUAGAAAAUUGAAGGAUGUAGUAAAAUAUAAAGAACAUUUUUUGGCUAACAAGUGAAGCAUUCUUUACCCAACCCUAAACAUUUAUUAUGCUCAUUGCCUUCUGGGAAGGUUCUAUACACUGAUGUAUGAAGCCUCUGUACCUACUCACAAAACUUCAGUGGUUGAAAAAAAAGGUGAUGCAUCAACAGCUUCUAUGCCGCAUCACUGAAAUGCAUAGUUCAAUCAUUUCUUCUGAAUAAUUUUUUCGGAGAUUGUUUUAGCUUUGAUGUUGCCCACCUGAGCCCUUCGAAAAGAAACACACACAAAGGUUUUAGCUAAAUAUAAAGAUUUAUAGUGUAAAAAGCAUAGUAACGUUAUAAAAACUAUAAUAAGGAGCAGCCAGGCUGAACAAACCUGCUUAUUUUUAUACUAAGUUCUUUUUGAUAGAAUACAGCAAUCAAUAUUUAUCCAUUUUUAUCAGAGUAUUACAAUGAAAUUACUAUUGAGAGGCAAAAAUAUAAUUCUUGUCUCAGUUUUCAAUUAUUUAAUUUCUGUUGUUUCAUUUCAGCACAGAUGUUCAUGAUCAAACAGGUAUUUCUCUUAAAGGGAUGAUUGGAAAAACCUUUGACCUCUGUAGAAGUCUUCCUAUGUCCAGCAAAAUGUCUACUGGGCUUUUGAUUUUAAUUCAAAGUCAUUUAAAUUAUUCAAUUAAAAACUAACUGUGAAAAAA